AUUCGCAGCUAAACUACAACUCCCAUGUUGCAGUCUGCCCCGCGCCUGACUUCCGCCGGAUGCUGAUCCGGGAGAAGUGCUGCGUUGUUUUUACGCGCCAUUUUCAGCUGGAGGACCAGUGUCUGAUGUGGUUGAGCGGCGAACGGCGAGGGAAUCUUGGCCGCUCCUCCCCGGUCCCCCCCUCACUCCUUGGGGCUGAUUCGGUGAACAUGUUGCUGCCGUCAGACGUAGCACGGCUCGUCUUGGGAUACCUGCAACAAGAAAAGCUUUCUAAUACUUGCAGAACCUUUAUAUUGGAAAGUGGAGAUCUAAAGGAGUAUGCCGAACACAGUACCGAGGAUGGGCUGGUGCCUGCUUGUUUACUGUCACUUUUUGGAAAAAACUUGAAAACUAUUCUUAAUGAGUAUGUGGUUAUGAAAGCAAGAGAUUCAAUGCCAGAAGCACCUGCAGUGUUGCCAUCCCUUUGGAAGAAACUGGAGUACACACUUUCCCAAAUUAGGAGUCUGCAACAGAGCUCUGUAGCACUUGCUACAAACCAGAGAGCUCGCACCAAAAAUGCUUUAAGUGAAUUAAGACGACGAGGAAAUUGUUCAAGGCAGGUGACCAGGGCUAACACCAGCCUCCUGUCAAUUUCUUCACAAACUGAGCAGAGGAUUAUUAAACCUCUUCCUGCAAACCCAGUUGUAAUAGCACAUGGCCCUGGAACCAGUCCAGUUAUUCCACAACCUCGACCUGAUGUUUGUGCAAACCAGAACCGUUCACAGGAUUUUAGUCGUUCUGUUGCCAACCCAAAUGGUGAUGCUCUUCACAUUGUCGUUCCUGGACCUUAUGACAGAAGAUUACAACCCGAGCAUGUUUCUCCAGGGAAACGGAAAUGUGAUUCCCCUCGCAAAAGAGGUAGCUUUGUAUCAGGACCGAAUUCUGUUCCCAAAACUGCAGAGAAUGAAGUAGAAGAAGGUCAAGUAGAAAUUGCUGUUGAAAGUUUUCCACAAAGAGUAAUUGAAAAUGCCAGAGAGAAAAUCUUGAAAGAUCGAUCUCUACUGGAAAAACUUGCAGAAAACAUAAAUAAAGUUAUGUUCAGUGAGACUAGUACUGGACACUCAUCAAAACCACCAGAGAGUACUACUACAUUACCAGAGCAAUCGAUUGAUGAAAUCUUAGGUCUUGGGGAUGAAGUCCAUAUGUCUGAUGAAGCUAUCCAGGAUAUCUUGGAGCAGACUGAGUCAGACCCUGCAUUUCAAGCUUUGUUUGAUCUCUUUGAUUAUGGUAAAUCGAAAAGGAGUGAAGACUCUGAUCAUGGACCGUGCAGCCAAGUAGGUUUGGAAGUAAUAGAAAAUGGUACAAGUUCAGCAUUCUCUGAGGCAUUUAACACCUAUCAAACAGAGGGAUUGGUGUCCGUACCGUCACCAGUCUCUGAGAAGGUGUCAAGUGGUUAUACGAAGAAAAGUAAGGCUGAUGGGACAGUCCAUAAAACUAAAAUGUCAUCAGAAUCAAACUCCAUUACAAAAUCUGCAAAAAAAGAAAAUCAGACUUUUCCAACUUUGAAUGCAGCUGAUGCAAAUAAAUCAAUGCUUUCAGUGGAUAGUCAAGCAACCAGCAACCAGACAUUGAAAUGUAGCUGUUGGACCACUGGAGAAGCUGCUGUUGUGUCUGCCCUUCCUUCGUCUGUUGCUGGUAUUCACACCACUACUUCAGCAAUGUCGGAGUGCCAAGAAGCUGCGGGUGUUGCUGAAAUGGAGGUUGAAGCCCAGUCGUCAUCUGUUUAUCAUGAAAAGACAGCACCAUCUCCACUUGUGCAACAAAAGCGCAAUGAGGACCGUUUAGGUGUUGAAGAGUUAAUUAAUCAUAAUGCUAAAACAGAAUCAAUAUCCAAAUUGACACUUCAAAAUGGACUUGUUGCAGACCCUAAUAGAUCUAUGCUUUAUGAUACUGAUAAAUCAAAAGCAGUAAUGAGUCAGCAUAAAAUUGAAAAGCCAAUAGCACAAACUGUCUGUGUCACAAGAACAACUGAUAAGACUGCAAUCGGAGUUUGUAAUGAACCACCUUCAGCUUGUGCUCCAGCAUCAGUUCAGUCAACUUUUGUAGUACAGAAAAGAUCUGAGUGUGAACCUAUGUCUUUGGAGGGAAGAAAGCACUUACCAGCUAACUCUGAUAACUCAUUAACUACAGUGUCAGAUCUGCAAAAUGUUCUGCAUAAGGUUGAAACCUGUAAAAGCCCUUUGACCAAUCUUCAGCAAUCUCAAGUCCUUGUUUCAACUGUACCUGAAGUAUCAAAUAGUUCAACUGUAAGCUCUAGUUCAGUAAACUCACUUCAAUCUGGUGCAAUAAAAUCCUGUGUCAUUUCUGCUGAAGUGGAGUUGCCUGAUCGAGCGGAACCUGUUUCCUCCUCUGUUCCUUCUAAAUCGAGUUCUGAGGUUAGGGCUAUAUCCCUUCAACCAAGUUUUGUUACUUCGGGCCUGAACCCUGCAACUGAAAGUGUUUCAACCAAUGUGGUGUCUAAAUCACCCCUUAAGGCCACUUCUGUAAAGACUGAUGUUAUCUCGACUUCCAAAAAUUCAAAUGCUGAACCUUCCAGCACUAUGGAGGUAGAUCCCUCAAAUAUAGUAACUCUCAAGAUAAUAAUUAGUGAUGACCCCAAACAGUCAUCUUCAGAUCCAGAAUUAAAUAAUGCUGUGUCCAGUAUUACUAAUGAAAAUGUACCGACAAUUAUAAUGUCCUCUCCAGGUGGUACACCCUUAAAGGGCAAAGGAUUAAGCCAAACUUUAUCAAAUAGCAAUAGUGUUACUGUUGCUGAAACAAACUCUAGUUGCAAUGAGUGUGUAAGUACUGAAGAGACAGAAAGUGCUAUAAAUAGUUUGAAGAUGACAGAGGAGCCUGAAAGCAGUGAGCACAAUGUUGCCACAACGGAAGUUGAAGUUGUGUCGACACAAAGCAUUACUUCCAGCAAUGUGACCAUUAAUAUACCACAGGCUGAUUGUACUCAGUCCACACAAAAUCCUCUUAGUUUAUCAAAAGACACAGGACUCAUUCAACUAUUGCCUACUGCUACCACAUUUGGACAAUCUAGCAGUGUCCUCAUAGCAACUUGCAUGCAAGAUUCUGCAGGGCAAUCAUUGAGGAAAGGAGAAGAACCAAAUAAUGGUAGCACUUUUAUUUUAGACCACCGAGGUAAUUCUACAAAUGUCUUGAUGCUACCGAGCAGUUCUGCAUCUACAGCUAUUUCAACAUCUGUUCCUCAAGCUUUAUCAACGCCUCCAAGACCAAGCACUGUUUUGACAAUGGGACAACCUGUCUCUUCAAAUUUUUCACAAGGGUCAACGUUUAUUAUUACAUCCCCUGUUCAGCCAGUGCUGCAAGGAAUGAUGGGAGUUAUUCCUGUUUCAAUAAUGGGUCCAAAUAGUGGAACAACAUUCACAGUAUCACCUCAACAGGUUCUUCGUAUGCCAGUAUCAUCAUCCCUUGGCAAAAAGUGUAACCGAUUCAGUAAACUUCCCAUUUCAAGGAAACCACCACAGUUAGCUGUUCAACCAAACACCUUAAAUACAGGACAAUCCUCAGUCAUUGGCACACUCAUUUCAAUAGAUUCAUCAAUCUCUCAAAAUACUUCCCAGCCUCAGAGAGCUGAAAAUUCAGAACAAACUGUUCCUGGCGACCAAAUGGGAAAAUCGAGAGAGCCCACAGUGGAGAUACCUAAUGCAUCAAGCUCAAAAUUGAGAUCACAGCGCCACAGACGAGUGUUGUGCUUUGAUAAUGCAACAGCCACACAAUCAGACCAUUCCCGUGUGGAGUAUAACACUAGUCAGGCAAAAAAGGAAUAUCGUACUGAUAAUAUAAAUCAAUCUGAUGCAACUUUUACUUCCCAGAACAAGGAGCGAUCUGAAAGGACAGAUCUAAGGGUUAGUAAAGGGAGGGAAGUACAGGGGAAAUCAGAGAAGACUAAAAGUUCAUCUUCUGGCCAACCUUAUGAGUCAUUCCACAAAACAACAGCAAAUAAAGAAAAUGAGGCAAGUAGGGAUCAGGUUCGACAGAGAAGUAGAGAAACUUCAGAUCUUCCAAGUGUACAGAUGCAAAAAAGAGUCUCUCAAAGUGAAAGACCCAAUUCUCAAACUACAGUUGCAGACAAAGAUGGCAGUAAUAGAAUUCCUGAAUCCCAGCAAGAGUGCAAAAAAGUCACCAUUGCUCUUACAGUCUCUCAAGAAACUGCUUCUAAAAGGAAUUUAGAUAAAAGCGAUAGUUUUAGUCUGACCAGCACGCUGACUAAACAAGCAGCUGAGAUGCUCCAAGACAUGCAGAGGCAAAGCCCUGCCCCAAAACAAACUAGUAAUGCUGACUUAACCAUGCCUAGGACACCAGGCUGUAAUGCAAAUGAAGGACCAGAUGAUUGCUUAGACUUUCAAAGGACUCCUCGCAACAAAGGUCUUGGAGAUGAGAAGGCAUCACCAAGAGUGAUGGUACCCCCUACAACACCAGAUAUACCAGCAUGCAGCCCAGCAAGUGAAACAGGAAGUGAAAACAGUGUUAGUAUGGCUGCACAUACUCUAAUGAUUCUGUCCAGGGCUGCAAUUGCAAAGACUUCUGGUGCCACCCCUCUGAAAGAUAACACGCGCCAAGUCACAUCUCCACUUGGCCAAAAGAAGCGAAAGCUGGAAGAACGGGAGGAGGAAUGUAGACAUCAUUCUUUGUCCAGCAAGACAGAUCUUCAAAAUUCCAGCUCACCUGGAAAGAAAAAACGAUCAAAAUCACAUAAACACAAACGAAAGAAACACCUUGACUCUUUUCCUGUUGAAAUGGAUGUAGAUAAAUUUUUAAGUUCACUGCAAUAUGAUGAAUGAUUAUGCAGAAUUCACUGGCUUCAAUUUUGUGAACCAAAUUGUUCUUGCAUUCUGCUGUCAGUUCACUUUAUACAAUAACUGAUUCCUGGUAUUAAUAAACAGCACUUAGUGUUGAAAUUUACUGAGCAAACUCAUCUUUAAAUGGCACAAUUGAAAGCAAAUCUUGUAGAAAGUGAGUGACUAGAUUAUGAUUGAAAAUGCUUUUGAAACUGUAUAUUGUUACAAUUAAUACUCAGUUAAUUUGUAAAUACUGUAAAAUUUCAACCUGUGCUUUAAUAAAUGUGUUCAAGUGAAUACCA